AUGUCAGCGAGCGAUGAAGGAAGACCAUCCAGCCUCAGACAGAAAUUGGAUGCGUUUCUCGAGAAACAGAUCCAUGAGCGUGACGAGUUCUGCAACGCUUUAGCUGGCGUAUCAGACAUAGAUCUACGAAAGGGGACUGAUGCUCUUUGUAUCGAACUCCCUUCACUAGGCCGUUCUCAAGUCGAGCGAGCCGCCGAAGUCGCAAAGCAUGGAAACUACUACUAUCGCCUGUCUAAAGGAACGAUCAACAGCAAUUCUUUUGUUGUCGAUCUUACACCAGAUGAGAAAAGCAAUCUCAUAUCAGAAAGAGAGCGACUCUUUAGUCAAAGGGGGAUGCUUAGCAUCAUCUGCACCAAACUUGGAGCCAUGAAUGCGAUUCCCUUCCUCACGGCUGCAUUCCCUGGCACUGUCCUAUCACUACCUGUCAAUUACUGCCUCGGGCGACGAGGAGCGCUUGGCCUUUCGGCGCUUCUCAUUAUUGCAAGCUCAAUUGGAUCUGGUUUUGCGCAUACAUGGCAGCAGAUUCUUGGUGCCAGAGUUGUUGGAGGAAUAGGCUUUGUUGCAAACUUCAUUAUUGCCGCUGCUACCAACACUCUAGACGGACAACCUAUGCAGAGCCUAAUCCACACGGCGGGAGAUACCACGCUCUCCAAUGGAUUGCUGCGGUUCCCGCUAUCCCGUCUCUCUUGCUUUUCAUUGCUGUCUGCUAUUGCUACGAGAGUCCUCGUUUCUACAUGCGGCCUGAUUCACCUAAUUACGACCUUGAUCGCGCCUUCAAGAUUCUACUACAAGUCCGAAAGACAAGAGCAACUCCAGGCUACGCGUGAUCUGUUUCUGAUAUGGUGGUCUACUCAAAACGAGGAGGGACGAGCUAUUCGUGCCGAACCACAAACUAGCCAUGGCAACGGCACUGUUCACCCGAACGAUCCAAACGAGGCAAAUGAUGAUGGUUCUGGUAUUAGAAGAACUCAGAGAUCUGGCUUGACAUAUUCAUCGCUCAUUCUGGUUGUACUGCAGCUCUCAGAAGAUCAGUUCAAGCCCUUGUUCACCAGACGGCGGCUGAAGAAUGCCCUGUGGAGUAGCUGUACUGUCGCUCUUGCACAACAACUCUGUGGAAUAGGGCACAUAAUCGUCUCCUUGGACAUUGCUGACAACCUGCCAGAUGGAAUCUUCAGCGACUGGGGCGUCAAAACAAGCAUGGGCUACAGCUUUGGCUUUGCAUUGACUUACAGAGUGUUCGCUGCUGCGUACAGUCCGGGUCUGGGACCUAUCCCGUUUACACUGGCAUCUGAGAGCUUUCCCUUGAAGCACCGAGAGGCCGGCGCGUCGGUCGCAAUCUCUAUCAACCUCUUUUUCGCGGGCCUUUUAACUAUCCUCCUCCCCAGAAUCAAUGCACACUUCAAGAUGGUCGGCACACUGGGAUUCUUUGCAGGUCUCAACAUUGUUGCCUUUGUUCUCAUCUUCCUCUUUGUUGAAGAGACUGAACAACUCACUCUUGAAGAACUGGACAAGGUGUUUGAUAAUCCCAAGCGUCAGUUUGUAAAGGAGCGAAUUGCCAAGCGUGUUCCGUUUGUUUCCCAACAGAAUGAGCUGGACAGAGAUGGCGAGGGACACGAUAGCUAUGAUGUAUUUCCGCUUGAGAAUCGGGAGACGAGGGUCUGA